GUUCACUCGCAGAUAGCAGGUUACUAUCAUGAUUUGGAUUAGAUCUUUCCAGCUUCUGCUGAGUUGGUUAACCGUUUCCAUUCGUAUCAGAUCUGUGAAUAUGAGAGAGCAAGUGGGAAUGGGAGGAGACAACUGUGGAAGGAAUGCAAACCUGGACAACCUGUAGCCGCAGGUAACAACCUACACGGGAAGACUAGAGACUCGGAGAGAGCGCUACACUGUGGGAUUUACCGACAUGUUUUUAGACGCAAUUGGCUGUAACUGUUGUAGUGAACACUUUUGUUGAACGACUGCUAACUUUUCCGCCGGCUGGCAGUUGUAAAUCAGCCCAAUCUCCUUUGGAUUGAGAUCUUAAAACUCGAUCGAAAAAGCAAGUUUUCUGCUUGGACUUCCGUCAUUUUAACAGAAAUCCAAACGAUUUCCUCAUAUGCGGUCCCAACCGCGGUUGAGCCAUGCCUGGUGCUCCUCAGCCGUCGCGCCACAGCAAGCAGUCCGCUGCCAAGGGCGACGGGUACAGACAGGGCCGCACCAUCUCUAGGGACAGCAGCACCAGCCAAGACUCCUACAACAAGGACCCCUACGCGGCAGAACACACGCGCGAUCACCACGCCGACAGAUACCGCCACCCCGAGGCCCAGCCCGGUCGCAGGAGCGCCCAUCGUCACGUGAACGGGCGGGGGUCAGAGACUCUGGGCUUCAUCCCCGGGUCGGCAGAUGCGCCCCAGGGGAGGCAGGCCUGCGGCUCCUGCACCUCGAUGGGCUGGAGCGGCUGCAAGGCCCUCAUCUGCUGCGUCCUCACCUGCGGCUUCUACGGCAGCCGCGAGCCCUGCCUGCCGGUGAACGAGAGCUCCACGGACCACGCCAAUAAGGCCAACCCGGAGACCCGAGCCCUCAACGGCCUGGCCCUCUCCAACCCCACCUGCGGCGUCCCUCUGGAGGCAGACACCCAGCAGGCCAAGCCCUCCAAGCUGCCCACCAGCGACAGCUUCCGCUACCCGGACGUCCGCAUCGCCGGUCAGACCGUGGUGUACCCCAGCCACUCGUCAACCGCCCCGAAACGCACCCGGACGGGGGGCAAGGGCGACAGCCAGCGCCCCAUCAGCAACACCAGCCUGUACUCCCGGGACGAGCUGGACCUGGAUGACCUCAGCGACACGGGCACGGACAUCGACUCCCUCAUCACCAAGAAGCUCCUGGAGCUGUACGCCCUGCACCAGAUCGACCAGCUGGCCAAGUGCACCUCGGACUCGUCCUUCUCCCGCAAGACCAACGAGAUCAGCGAGCUCAUCUACAGCAUCGCCCACGACUACAACCUGGAGGAGCAGGAGGCCGAGUGCCGGCUGGUGCACGGGGUGAUCCGCAUCAGCACGCGCAAGGGCAAGAGGACCAGGAGCACCCCCCAGGAGCCGCCGCCGCCCAGGGCCAACGGGCGCAGCGACGGGACGCUCCCCGACAGCGGCAACGCCACCAUGACCUACACCAGCACCUUCAGCGACAUGGAGCCGGAGGUGAAGGUGUCUGAGCGCACGCAGUCCGACGAGCUGGCCAGGAACAUGAGGCACCACAGCGGAAGACUGAACACGUCCAGCUCCACGUUCUCCCCCUAUCACAACGACAGCGAGGCCGACUCCUCGGGGGCGCCCCUGAUCCACGUCCUCUGAGCGCCAGCCUCGCCACAAACACGGAGGGGCACGUUCGGCUUACAGCGGCGCCCGGCAGGACGGCUGGUAGAGGAGAGGGAGGGUGGGGGAGGGGAGGGGGGUUGUAAUCUGUCCGAUCCGCCACUUGUUUACUCGUCCCGCACGGUCCUGGCGUUUCUGGUUAAAGGGUCUCCGUGGUAACAGGGGCCUGGCUGUUUCCGCCCACAUCUGUCCGGCUGAAGGGGGGUGAUGUCACCGCGUCCUUCAGGAUUCCACAGCCAUCUGUAGCCCGGGCCAAGCCUGCAAUGCAGCAGAGAGAGUGCUAGUAUUGUAACGUGUUUAGCUGUGUGCUGCUGGUCCACUUGUCUGGUUCAAGGUGGACAACCCAAGUGGGGAACAGCAACAGGAGAAAACAUCUUGUAUGUUUGUUUUUUUUACUGGUGAAAAGCCAUGAACGUUGUUUAUAGAUAUUUGCAUGCCAUUUCGCAGCUAGCUGUUUUUUGUUCUGUUUAUUACUUGCGAUGCUAUCUGAUUUAUCACUCCAUGCCAUUACAGAGACUCUUUCUGCCAUUUGAACUCGGUCCAAGAGUGGGGAGAGACACGCCUGUGUGUGUAUGCGUGUGCGUGCGUGUGUGUGUAUGUAUGUAUUUCCACGUGCUUGUUUGAUCGUAUUCAUUUCUCAGAGUCAGAUUAGGUAUUUUAAAGUCCUUUAGUAGGAUUUGUACAUUGUUUUUUCAAAUGUAAAUGUUGCUUCUUGGGUUGUUUAACUAUCCGGGACAUUUGGGUCUUGUAUUGUUAUUUUUUGGGAAAAUGCUAUGCAAUUAUUUUUUACCAAAAUAAAAGAUGAAUAUUAUCCCCAA